CCCUCCUCCUCCUCUUCACACUGCCUGCCUUCUCUCAUCCACUUUCUCUCUCUCUCUCUCUUUAUAGCUAUCACUCUCUGCUGUCUCUUGUCUUUUUAUCUCUCUUUCUGUCUCUUUCUCUCUUUCUGUCCUCCACUUCUCUUCCACCGCCAGAAGCUUGCCGGCUCGCCGCUCUUCCUUCAACCACUGAGGAUUCAGAAGCACCCGGGACGAAGACUCUGUCACAGGAGCCGAGAUGGCAAUGAGCAGCAUCCUCAACGCUGAUGACAUCAAGAAAGCUCUAGAUGCAUUUGCAGUUGCUGGCUCCUUUGACCAUAAGAAGUUUUUCGACAUGGUGGGUCUGAAGGCCAAGUCUUCUGAUGACGUGAAGAAGGUCUUCACGGUGCUGGACGCCGACAACAGCGGCUUCAUAGAGGAGGAGGAGCUGAAAUACGUCCUGAAGGGUUUCACCAAAGAUGGCAGGGACCUGACAGACGCAGAAACCAAAGCAUUUCUAAAAGCAGCCGACAAGGAUGGAGAUGGCAAGAUUGGAGUCGAUGAGUUUGCUGCCCUGGUGAAAGAAUAAACAGUCACCCCGUGUGAAUGCCUAGCACUCCAAGAUCAACCCCUAACCACAUCCUGAUCCCACCCACCCCCCUCACCAGCACCUACACCUCACCACCCUACCCUGACUCCCAGCCUACCAGACUGCAGCCAAUUAGUGCACUCCUCUUCCUCAACCUCUCCCCCACUGCUGUAUUCACUAAGUGCAUUGCUGCACUAUAGGAAGUAAGCCGUGGUGUGCACCCCCUCACACAGACACACACACACACGCCUCCUCAAAUGUCCCCACAGCUAUAUUCAUCCUAUUUAUUUUAUCCUUUUUAUACAAACUUCUUGUUCUUCUGUUAAUGUAUAGAUAAACAUGCCUGCAGGAAUGAACCUCACAUUUUAAAGCAUAACGUAGAUAUUUAAUGAAAAUAGAGAUAGAAAGACCCUCAUUUCCUUCUGUAUUUCUGACUUUACCCUCUUUCUUAUCGCUUCAUUUUCUAUGCCAGCACCUCCGCUCACUUUUUCUUUCUCCCCUUUUUCUGUUUCUCUCUCUCUCUUUUCCCUUCCUGCAUUCGCGGCCCUCUGUCCCUCCAACACAACUGCCCCAUCCAUCCAUCCAUCCACCUAUCUAUCCAUCCCUUUAUCCUCUGGUAAUGAGCUGUUGUAAAACAUACCAAAAGAAGAAAGAGGUCAAGCUGUGAAAGAAUCAAAUAAAAAAAUACAAAGCCUCGAGAA